CCAUGCUUGUCUCAUCCCGGAACACAGAACCACCAUUUCCUCUCCCCGUCUCCUCCCUUGCUCUGGUCCCCCUGCCGUGGUCUCCUCCUCCUCUUCUUCCUCCCUCUCUCUCUCUCUCCUCCAACUUUCACCAGACAGCCCGACUCUGAGCUCAGCUGGACAUCACUGACGCCAUAACCCUCCUUUUCCCCUUUCUGCUAUUGCUCUCUCUCUCUCUUUCCUUCCGUGGCGCAAGAUUCACCACUCCGUCGCGAUCCCUCCGAGUUCGUUGUCGCGGGGGGCGCGGCGGGAGGAGGACAAGGAGCGAGACAUUUUGGCGCGAGAUGAUCUUCACCGGACCCGGUCUUACAAGGAAAGGGGGGUGAUGUUGACGCCGUAUGACUCAAGUGCAUCUAGCUUUCUAUAAUCGAGAUAUUGCGGCGGGGAGGAGGCCAGGCCAUGUCCAUGGAAGCUCAAAAUCUUCGGUUUGUCAGGUGCCCGAAAUGCCUCCAGCUGCUCGUGGAGUACCCGACCAUUCCGGUUUACCAAUGCGGCGGCUGCGGGACUGUUCUUAGAGCGAAAAAUCGAGGCCCGCCGGUAACUCGUCCUGAUCCGGUAUCCGGUGAACAGAACAGUUCUCCAUGCAGUUUGGAAGGAUCCAUUCAGACUAGCAAGUCCAUUUCUUCAGAUGAACAGAAGGUUGUUUCUGCUUGUGCACAGCCUAGUGAUAAUGUGGUGGAGGGAAGUAUUUCUACUGUCAGUAAGGAUGACAUCUCCUGCGAGAAUGUUAAUCCAGAAAGAACUCUGUCCAUUGGAGAGAGUGCAACAUCUGACAAGGUUGGUGGUGAGGAGAACUGUUGCCUUGUUGAUGGCAAUGCCCCAAACCCUGAGUUUAUGAUCAAAGAGGCAGAUGAUAACGGUACUGCAGCUGAUUCUUGUCUGAAGCUGGUCGAAAAUGUACAGAAUGUUGAAGCAAGUGAAAAUGGAAACAGGGAAAAGGGAUACAGUAUGGGUGAUGCUAGUGUUGGCAGCGAAGUUGCUGCUGUCCAUAGCAUGGAAAGUGAGGAAUUAGCAGAUUCUAGCAAUAACAUGGGAGGAGAAGUAGAGAGCAUGGAUGAGCAAAAGUUAUCUGCUAGCAAUGAAACUAUGAACUGCCAUGAGGUGGUUGUGACAAACAAACUGUACAAGGAAGAUGAGGCAAAAUUCAAGAACAUGCUGUCUCAGAGAGAGGAUAGGCCUCAACCAUAUGAGGGUUUACUUAUUGAAUCUUAUGAAGAUCUGAUUGAAGAAUUGGAGAGGUCUCUAUCCUUAAGUGAUGAUGAGGAAGAAUUUUCGGAUGUAGCAGAUAACAAUGGGCUCAAUGAUGCUCUGCAUAACCAAAUUGGUAGCCGAAGGUUUUUGUCAGCGGGCAAAAUGAAUGAUGAUCCUCGGAGUGAUCCUCAUGGCCGAUUGAUUGAAGAACUGGAAAUGUCUUUUAGUGAUGCAGAGGAACCAUUAGAACAUCAUGUCAGGAUUGCAGACAAAGAUAAUCAAGAUAAAGCUCGUGGGAAGGAGCAUGAUAAGGAUCCACAAUUCCUGGUUAAUGAAACUGCCAAUACAUGUGAAGGAAGUAUGUCUUCCACUGAUGGCAAACAUAUACAAUCUGAACAAAAUUUUGAACUGAACGAGCUAAUAGCUGAUGGCACUAAAGAAAAAGAAGAGGGUUGGCCUGGAGAUGAUAAUAAGAUCGACUAUGUUCAUGGGAAUGAGCUUGUCGUGCUUACAAACAAAGACAUUCCAGACAUAAUUCAUGAGAAUGAGCAUGAUAAGGAUCCACUGUACCGGGACACUGAAAGUGCAAAUCCAUGUGAAGGAAGCAUCUCUUCUUUCGGUGAUGAACGUCUCAAAUUUGGACAACAUUUCCAAGAAAAUGAGUUAACAACUGAUGGCCCAAAAGAGAAUGAAGAUGUUUGUAUUGAUGAUGAUAAUAAGAUCAGCUGCUUUCAUGCGAAUGAGCUUACCGUGGUCACAAACAAGGACAUUGCAGAAAGAAUUCAUGAGAAUGAGCAUGAUAAUAAGAACGACAGUGUUCAUGGGAUUGAGCAUGUCGUCCUUACAAGCAAAGACAGCCCAGACAUAAUUCAUGAGAAUGAGCAUGAUAAGGAUCCACAAUACCCGGAGACUGAAAGCGCAAAGCUAUGUGAAGGAAGCAUCUCUUCCAUCGGUGACGGACAUCUCAAAUCUGGACAAAAUUUCCAACAAAAUGAGCUAACAACAGAUGGCCUGAAAGAGAAGGAAGAUAGUUGUAUUCAAGAUGACAAUAAGGUCAACUUUUUUCACGCGAACGAGCAUGUUGUGGUCACAAACAAGGACACUGCAGAAAGGUAUCAUGAGGAUGAGCAUGAUAUGUCUAUGAUAAACCCACACUACCUGGGCGCUGAAAGUGCAAAUCUUGGUGAAGGGGGCAUCUCCUCAUUCAGUGAUGGACAUAUCAAAUCUGGAGAAAGUUUUGAACAACACAAACUGACUUCUGAUGUCACUGAAGAAAAGAAGGAUACGGAAGAUGACAAUAUGAAUAUCGGUGUUCAAGCUGACAAACCAGUAGAUGUUGCUGGGUUUUCGAGAUUGCCAAAUGAGAGGAUUCAUUGCAAAUCACCUAGCUUCGUUAAGAAAAAAGAAGAGAUAUCAUGCAGAUACAGAGCCAGUCUACUUCGUCAAGGACUUUCUCUUGAUUCUGAAGACUUCAAGUCAAUCCAAAACUUCAUCGAGUCGCAAAUGGAUGGAACCUCAAGUUCUCUCUCAAGUGGAUCACCUAGUCAAGGAGAUUUGGUGCUGAAAACAUCAAAUAAGUUCAAGACUGUUGAUCAACUUGAGCGCCUCAAGAAGAUGGAUGGUCUAAGAGAUCAGCUAAACAGGCUUUCUAUCCAGAAGAGCUUGGAGAAAAGGUAUCAGAAUAAAGACCUGGAAUACCAGCCACAGCAACUCCGUAACUAUGAUGCCGAGCAACAGUUUCGAAGCAUUGAUGCUGAUUCCAACCCAAGUUCUUGUACCCUAGACUCCUAUUAUGGUCAUCGAAAGCCACCAAUGUACCCCCCACCAAAUCCUUACUCACCAGCCCAUUCAUAUGCGCAUAGUCAUUAUGGACAUGCGCAAGCACACAUCCCACACAACUUUGAUGCUUGGGAGUUCAAUUCAUAUUACCAAUCCUCACAAGCUGGUAGCUCAAUCCUUGACCACGAUUCACUAAAAUCAAGCUUCAAGGAACAGAAGCGAGUGGUGAGAAAGCAUAUAUUGCGGCCUCUGUCAGGUGCUUCACCAUAUACAGUCUGCAACAGCUGUUUCUAUUUGGUCCAAAUGCCAUCUGAUGUCUACAUCUCAAAAGGGAAGAUCGGGAAAAUGCAGUGUGGUAAGUGUUCCAGGGUUAUUGUAUUAUCAGUUCCUGCUGUAGAUCACGCCGAUGCAAAUAUCAGCAAGGAAGCAACCCAAAAAUCAAGCAAGGUCGACGGCAGAAUAGUUGCUAGAACUGAGAGCGCUUCUUACAAUGUCGGUAUAAGUGAAGAUUAUGGGGCAUCCUUCACAAGAAGCUUGUCUACUCGAGCUGGACGAGCCCUUGCUGUCACAGAAAGUAGCAAGAAGGUUUCAGACUCGGCACUUCAUCUGCUCAUGGGGUAUGAUUCAGCAAGCCAGUUGCUACGUCACAGCAGGGCGUUUGAGCGUCACAGCAGGGCGUUUGAUGAUGGAUAUGAGAGCUUUGAGUCAAUGGUGCCGGUGUCCAACAGAGUGUCCAGAAGGAAGAACAUGUGAUGUUUUGUACUGGUGUGUGAAGCCUCUCACAUGUCACAGUUUUGAAGACACGAUGACAACUUUCCUGCAAAUAGUUUCAUGGAUUUUUGCCAGACAACUCUAGCCUAUUUGAAGUCAUUUGGUUUGUCAAAUUCUUUUUUUGUGGUAUAUAUAUUGUUUAUUCUUGGUGUAAACUUGUCCAUAUUUGGGGGGUAUAAUAUGAGUUUUUGAUGAUA